AUGCUGAAGAAAUUGGCUAUGCGCGCAGUGUACCACGUAGCCACCCUCUCAGACACUCACCCUCUUUGCUCCAUGUUGGGUGAGGGACUCCUCAAACGGGCUGAACCUCAUGCCCGCUCAGCCACUUUGAUGACCCCAGCUAUGAGGGGGAAAGUCAAGAGCACUGUCAUGGAGGUGGAUGAGCGUGUCCACACCUUAACUGAGAGCUUUGAGCCUUUUGCGCCUGAAGCUCGCCCAGGCGAUCGGUUACUGGACCGCUAUGCAGACCGUCUCCAUUUUGACGAGCGUGAUCCUGGUCAGGACAGACGCCCAUAUCUAGACGAGCUCAUCGCGAAAGCGAGGGCCAACCCCUUAACAGUACUGGCUGCAACUGAUGGCUCUGUCCCUCAGUCCAACCAGUAUCAGGCGGCUUCAGCUGCCAUCAUCUACAAGGGACACUGCGAGCUCGAAAGGACUCGCUAUGUCUCUGGCAGGGUUACCGCUCCAGAUGCGGAACUCAAUGCCAUCUCGUGCGCAGUGUGCCUUGCUGUUAAGCAGGCAAACUGCCAACACAUAAUGGUCUUUACUGACUCUAUGGGUUUGGCCCAUAGAGCGGUUGACCCCGGCAUGCACUCUGGUCAGGCUUUUAGCGUGUCAGUCUGUCGCGCUCUCCAAGAGUGGUUCGAGGCAGAUGAUCUCCGCCGCAUUACCUUCGUUUACGUCCCAUCUGCUUUGCGGUGGGACAUCCAUGGUGAGGCACACAAGUACGUCACCGAACUUAAAGUCAGGGUUGGACGUCGCAAGACAGAUAACUCUAUAGAUGCGCUUCGCUCCCGAGCAGCGCACUCAGUCCUGGAUUCGUGGAACUCCACUUUCCAGGAUCCAACCUACCGAGGCUCUGAAUUCUUAGAGCUUCAACAGCCUGACGGGCGGCCGCUACAGCCAUCGUACCUCAAUGGGGGACCUUGGCUUUCAACCUUCAGACACAGUAUCACUGAGUUCGCUUGCGUUUGCCAGUGUAUAACUGGCCAUGCGCCCAUUGGAGCGUACUACCGUCGCUUCAAGAUCAAUGAGCCUCACGGCUGCACUUGCGGGGCUGCUUUGCAGUCCCAUCAGCAUAUUCUCUUUCGCUGUCACAAUAGAUACUCUGUACACUAUCCCCGUUUUCUCAGAGAUAUUGCAUCAUUUAUGAAGUAUAACCCUAUGGUGUUUGGCUUCAACCGGGACCCUUCGGGGGUCGGAUGA